CGUCUGUGACGUCACUCUCUGUGUGCUUCCGUGACCCAACAUUAUAAGGUCAACGUCCUGUGGGGCGUCAUGACGUCAGAUUCCUGUUUACCCGAGCCUAGACGUCCCAAUGUUUUUCAGCAGGCUUGAAUGGCAUCGCUAACCUUUUCGUGCGCCGUACUUUGGUCAAAUUGUUUGCGGACUGCCCCUCCCCUGGCUCAGUCAGCUCAGCGAGUCUGCGAGUAACGCUAUGGUUCUGGCAUAAAUUAUUUCUGGGGUCACGACGAUAAUCAGCAGUGCAUUGAGCAGAAAUGGCCUCAAUAAUAAACUUGGAGUUUCUGCCGGUCCCGCUGACAUGGAUCCUACUGCCUGUACUGGCGGUACUUUUCUAUCUGUAUGCAGUCCAUCCUCUGUUUGUGUUCAAGAGGAUGGGAGUACCUGGAAUUGGGUUGCCACCUCUACCCAUCAUCGGGACCGCAUACCUGACCCUUCUUGGGGGGGUUUACAACACUCAAUACUCUGCUUCUGAUAUGGCUCCAGCAUUUGGAGUCUUCAAUGGGAUGAUGCCACUUCUCAUUCUGAGUGAUGCAGAGAUGUUAAAGGAGGUCUUCGUGAAACAGUUCCACAAGUUUGUCAAUCGUCAACCAGAUACACAAGACAUCAAUGUGAAGCCCCAAAGCCUGCAGCUGUUUAAUCUGAGGGAGGAGGCCUGGAGGAACGUGCGGACCUCACUUACCCCAGCCUUCAGCAGCAGCAAGCUCAAGCAGAUCACAGCUGGAGUGAACAUAUGUGCGGACCAACUGUUGGAGAACAUCAGCAGCUUUGUAGCCACCAAGGAGUCUUUUGAUGUCAGGGAACUGACAGGUGCGUUCAGCAUGGACACCACGGCCAGGACCAUCUUCGGGCUUGAGGUGCACUCGCAGCAGGAUCCACAACAUCCGUUCAUCACCCACGCAAGGAGAGCGCUCGACUUCAACUUUCGAAGUCCACUCAUGUGGCUUUAUAUCACCAUUCCUGGCAUCAUGAAGCCCUUUUUCGAGAUGUUCAACUAUCACCCCCUGAACAAAAGAGAUGUAAGCGACUUCUUUGACGGCGUCAUGGACCAGCUUCUGGAACUGAGGAAAACUGAUGGAGGAAAAGGACGUGCAGACCUACUGCAAGUUAUGAUAGAUGCACACAAGGAGAGCGACGAUACUGGUGCAGAAGCACCUAAAGUGGUCGGAAAAAAGCAACCUCUGACCAGGGACGAUGUUGUCGCAAACGGAAUCGGCUUCUUUUCCGGGGGUUUUGACACUGUCUCAAUCACGAUGUCCUUUGCUCUAUACCACCUUGCCCUCGACCCGGAGAUCCAGGACAGAGCGAGGGAGGAGAUCAUCGAGGCCGUUGGGAACAAAGCUGAAGUGGACUACGAUGCUGUGCAGAAGAUGCCUUACCUGGAGAUGUGUGUCAUGGAGACCCUUCGCCUCUACCCUAUCGUAUCAUUCAUCAUGAGGGUUGCUAACGAAGAUACUGAGCUGAAGUCACUUACUGUCCCGAAGGGUAUGGUUGUGGGUGUCCCCGCCCUCGCCAUUCACUACGACCCUGCACGCUGGGACCAACCCAGGAAGUUCAUCCCAGAAAGGUUCACGAAGGAAGAGAGGGGGAAGCGGAGCCAGUUUGACUGGCUGCCUUUUGGGGCGGGGCCGAGAAACUGCAUCGGGAUGAGACUGGCCCUGCUGGAGCUGAAGGUUGGCCUGGCCAGGGUUCUCAUGAAGUAUCGCCUCCUGACUGGACCCGACACUGUUGUCCCUCUGAAGCUCAACAAGUGGAAGUCCUUCCCCACCCCUACCGAGCCCAUUCGCCUGAGGGUGGAGAUGGCAAACUGAUUCUUCACUUAAUGAAUCAUUUUAGCCCACUGCACGGACUUUCAACCUCUCCCAAGACUGUGGGCAGUGAGCAAGGCUAUCUGACAUUUGUGGUUUGGAUUUUAUUUGAUUGGCAAGUGUUCUGUUUUGGUGUGUAAAAGGACUUUUUGAACUCAUCAAAUAGAAAACAUGUUUCCAAUGUCAAAGAAGUGCUUUUUAGAAUUGUAGCACAAGUAUAUAAUGUAGAAUUACAUAAUGAUUUGUGAUUUAAUGAUGUUAAUCUUCAUGAUAAAUACACAGAUGAAUGAUGAACAUUACUAAAAAGAGAUCAAUUAGUGGCAAUAUACUAGUAUUAUAUGCUAUGACAUUUAUAUUAUAUGAUGUUUGUCUGAAACUAAUGUCUAUGUCUUACAAAAAUGUUACUAAUCAUUCAUAACUCUGAAAGUGUGUGCUGAAAAUCUACUGAGUCUCCUACGAGAACAGAGGGAAUAAGAAUAGUCUAAGAAUACUGUCAACAAAAUCUUCUAUAUAUUAGUAUAUAAUUUCUGAAUUAUGACGUGUGAUUGAUACAGGAAACAUUAUCUUUCAUUUGCAACAUAUAGAAUUUCAGAAUUACUACAUGUAGUUUCAAAUCUUGGAUCCUUGUGCAGUUGGUUGUUGGAAUGACGAAAUGUUGAUUCUCCAUGGGUCUCUAAUAUCGAGUAAUUGAUGAAAAUACAGUAUUACCUGUUGGUAAUGAAUUGAACAUUAUUAUGAAGUUAAGAUAUUUCUAAUAGUUGUUGAACAGUUAUUGCUUUGUGUGCUUUGUUUUGGAUUUAGAAGCUUGAAAUAAGUUUCAAAAUAUGAAAUCUUACUAAUUACAAAAUGUAUAAUGAGUAAACUUGUAAUACAUGCUUUCCAAGAACAGAGAAUAUAAUA